AUGGCCAAGAUGCCUAAUAUGGCUAUAAUAUCGUUAUGCGUCCUUUUGACACUUGGUACAGCAUGGGCGAAUUCACCACCUCCAUACAAGAAUCCUCGUCUCCCAGUUGAACAGCGCGUUGCGGAUUUGCUAGGCAGAAUGACAAUUGAAGAUAAGAUGGCGCAAUUGAUGCAAGGUGAUAUCACAAACUGGAUGAAUCAGACAACUGGCACAUUCAAUUCUAGCGGUCUUGUAGCCAACAUGGAGGAGAAGGCGGGGUCAUUUUAUGUUGGAUAUCCAAUCUCGUGGGAAUGGCUUACUUCAAACAUUCAAAAAGGCCAAGAUUACCUGGUUCAUAACACGACCCUCGGAAUCCCAGCAUUGGUUCAGACAGAAGGAAUUCAUGGAUUUUUGAUAGGCAAUGCUACCAUAUUCAAUUCACCCAUUGGCUAUGGCUCUUCCUGGAACAGAGAUCUGGUGCGAAAAAUGGGACAGAUUAUCGGCCAAGAAGCUCGUGCUUUAGGCGUAACACAACUUUUUGCACCACUUGCAGAUUUGGCUAGGGAGCUACGAUACGGUCGAGUUGAAGAAACAAAUUCCGAAGAUCCGUAUCUUGCAGGUGAAAUUGCUUACGGUUAUGUCAAAGGAUUACAGAGCCAAAACGUCUCUGCCACCGUCAAGCAUUAUCUGGCAUACAGUAAUCCCGAGCAAGGCUUGAACACGGGUCCAGUUCAUGGUGGACAGAGAGAGUUGAGAACGACAUGGGCUCCUCCUUUUAAGAGAGCAAUCAUCGAUGCAGGUGCAUGGAGUAUUAUGAGUGCCUACCACAGCUACGACGGUAUCCCUGCAGUGGCCGAUUACCAAACGCUCACGACUCUACUUCGAGACGAAUGGGGUUAUGAUUAUUGGGUCACAAGUGAUGCCGGCGCAACAGAUAGGCUAUGCACAGCGUUUCGACUAUGUCAGGCCUCGCCAAUUGACUCCGAAGCCGUUACAUUGGCUGUUCUCCCUGCUGGAAAUGAUGUAGAAAUGGGCGGCGGUUCCUUCAACUUCAAGACUAUCCCUCAAUUAGUCACUUCCGGCAAACUCAACGUUAGCACUGUGGACACAGCAGUCUCAAGACUUUUGCGUGCCAAAUUCGAAAUGGGACUUUUUGAGAACCCAUAUGUGGGUGCUUCAGCUGACAAAUGGAACGAACUUAUUCAUACCCCGGAGAAUGUGCAAGUUGCUCGGGAGCUAGACCGUGAAUCAAUCGUGUUGCUUGAAAACCACAAUAACACUCUCCCUCUGAAAAAGAGUGGUAGUAUUGCGGUGAUUGGACCCAUGGCACACGGAUAUAUGAAUUAUGGGGAUUAUGUCGUCUAUCAAAGCCAAUACAGGGGAGUCACACCUCUUGAUGGGAUCAAGUCCGCAGUUGGAGACAAAGCAACUAUCAAUUACGCGCAAGGCUGCGAGCGUUGGAGUAACGAUCAGUCGGGGUUUGAUGAAGCAAUCAAAGCAGCUAAAAAGUCGGAUGUUGCUAUUGUAGUCGUAGGAACCUGGUCUAGAGAUCAACAGGAGUUGUGGCAGGGGUUUAACGCGACAACCGGGGAACAUGUUGAUCUAAACGAAUUGGGUCUGGUCGGAGCUCAAGCUCCCCUAGUCAAAGCAAUCGCAGACACAGGCGUCCCAACAGUUGUCGUCUUCUCCUCCGGAAAACCAAUCACCGAAACCUGGAUCUCAAACUCUACGGCCGCUCUAGUCCAACAGUUCUAUCCAUCAGAAGAAGGCGGUAAUGCCCUUGCUGACGUCCUCUUCGGCGACUACAAUCCUUCUGGAAAGCUUUCAGUCAGUUUCCCACGAUCUGUGGGAACGCUUCCCAUAUAUUACGAUUAUCUGAACUCCGGGCGAUCAAUCGGUGACUCGGGCUACAUCACGCAAAACGAUACAAUCGUUUUUGGGCAUCAGUAUGUCAUCGGAUCACCAUUGCCGUGGUACGAAUUCGGGUAUGGGAAGAGUUAUUCGACCUUCAAAUAUGGGACUGUGAAUCUCGACAAGACCAAUGCUACUGCUACGGACAUAGUAAUAGUGAGCAUCGACGUUACGAACGAGGAUAUCUCCCGCAAUGCUACCGAGGUUAUUCAAGUAUAUGUGGUUGAUGUAUAUGCGUCCGUGGUUGUUCCCAAUCGGCAAUUGAAGGGCUUUGAAAAAGUUGUCUUUGGGCCCGGUGAGACGAAAACGGUGCUGAUGUCGCUAGAUGUGAGUGAUUUAGGGCUUUGGAAUGUCAAUAUGCAAUAUGUGGUUGAGGCUGGUGCUUUUGAUGUUCUUGUUGGGAGCAGUUCUCUGGAUAUUAGAGGAAAUGCGACCUUUUAUGUGACGUGA